CAAACAGCAAAGCAGGGCUGGGGUCCUGCUCGCUCUACUGCACCUCCUUCCAGCAGAAGCUCAUCAAGGAGCUGCAGGCUACAAAAGCCUUUCAGGAAGAGAUGCAGAGCUUUCAGGAGACAAUGAAGAGCUUUCGGGAGAAGAUCAAGGAGGAAGAGUCCUUGUGGGAGGAGGACGAUGCCGCUUUGGAGGAAGAAAAGGCUAUUCAGGAGGCAACAGAAGCCUUCUGGAGGGUGCAUGAUCGCUUCUGGAAGGACUGUCAUGCUUUCUGCAAGGAGAUUAAAAAUUUCUGGGAAGACUCUCAGCUCCUCUUGGAGGAAGAUGAGUUCCUGCUGGAUGAGGACAGAGUCCUGCUGGGCAGAAGCAGCACGUGGGCAUGUUGUG